UAUCAUCUUGAACAAUCUUUUUUUUUCUCCCCUACCUGCACUCGAUAACUGAUGAUAAAAUCAUCAUCUAAAUUGGAUUCAAAAUCAUGGAACAUCAAAUAUUAAUUUGCAAUGAACCUAGUCCACAAUCACCAACACCAUCAUCACAAAAACAACAACAACAACAAUCUACUAAAUCAACGAUUAAUGAACAUCAUAGUCAACAUGUUGCAUCAUCAUCAUCAUCAUCAUCGCCAUCAUUGUCAUUAUCAUCGUUAGGACAAAAUCAUCAUUUAAAUAUUCGUUCACAAAGAAAUCAUGGUGGAUCAUCAUCAUCAUAUUGGAUGGCUAUCAAUUAUCAAUCAAUAUUAGAUCAAUCAUCACCAACAAGCGAUUCAUCUGGUUAUGAUUCAAAUACAUCAAUUCAAUCAUCAAUUCAUUCAAAUUAUGGUGAUGAUGAACAUUAUCUUUAUCAUUAUCAACAACAACAAACAUCAUAUAAUCGAAAUAUAAGAAAACGAAAACAAUAUGAUUGUAAUAUUGAUUAUGUUGAUAGUCAACAACAACAACAACAACAACUACAAACCAAAUCUUCUUUAACAAAUCUAAAUCGAAUAUCAAUUAGUCACCAUCAACAACAACAACAACAACAACAAUCAAGACGACGACAACAACAACAACAACAACUAAUGAAUGAACCAAAAACAGUUAUUAGUCAAUUGGAUUAUAAUCUAUUGAAUGAUCAAGAAAGAAUUCUUAAACAAAUGUUAUCAAUUGAAUAUCGUUAUAUACCAUGGAAUAUAAUCGAUAUGGUAUAUCGUUCAUCAACAAAUAAUAUAAAUGAACAAACACGUUUUGAAUUAAUUGAAUGGAUGCAUGAGGUAUGUGAACAAUAUAAAUGUGAACCCGGUAUUUUUAGUCUAUCGGUCAAUUACUUGGAUCGUUUUAUAUUGGCAAAACCAAAUAUACCUAAACAACAUUUACAAUUGGCCGGUAUUGUUUGUAUGUUGAUUGCAUCAAAAAUUCGUCAAUGUAAUACAUUUGAUUUGGAAUUUUUAAUCUAUGCAAGUGAUCAUGCAUUUACAGUCGAAGAAAUUCUGAUAUGGGAACAGCAUAUACUAAAAGAAUUAUCCUGGGAUGUCAGUUCAAUCAUUGCAAAUGAUUAUCUGGAUUAUUUAUUAGUUAUUUUAACAAAUAUUAUAAAGAAAACAAAUACUUGUCAAAAAUUGAAUGAACAACAACAAAAACAAAAACAAAAUCAACAACAAUGUCGACGUAGUCAUCGAAUUCGUCGAUAUAGUAUUGUAGACAAUCAUCAUAAUCAUCAUCAUCAACAAGAUGAUGUCGAUAUUGAAAGGUUACGUAAAUCGGUACGGCGAAUAUCUAAAAAUAUUGAAAAUAAUGAUAAUGUUACCGAUGUUGGUGAUGAUAUCGAUUCAUUGAAUAUUUCAUCAUCAUCAUUGAGGAAACGGAAAACAUCGAUUCGUAAUUUAAAUCAUACAACAACAAAACGAAUAAAAUCUACUACUAGUCGCCAUGAUGAUGAUGAUGAUGAUGAAUCUAUUGUAUGCGAAAAACAGCAUAAUAAAUGUAAAAAUGAUGAUGAUGAUCACCAUCAUCAAUCUUGUUCGUCAACAUCGUCAACGUCAACAACAACAGCAUCAACGAUUGAGGCCAUCAUACGUCGUCAUGCCAAUACUUUUAUCGAAUUAUGUUCCAUUGAUAUAACAUUUGUAUCUGUUGAACCAUCGGUGAUUGCAUCUGCAUGUGUGGCCACAGCAUUACAAGGACUUGAUAUUAAUCGAACAUUAAUGAAAUCACCGACCGACAUAAAAACAUCGACAACGAUGAUGAAAAUGACGCCGGAACAGUCAAUAUCAACAACAAAUUAUAUGAUUACCACCAACGACAAUAACAGCAAUAAUAAUAAUAAUAAUGGCCGACACUUUAUUCAAUCAAAAUCAAAUGAUCAACAUUCAAUAAUUCCAAAUGAUUUAUGUGAACAAUUCUUAUUGGCUGUAGAAAAACAGAUUGGAAUUGAUUCGCAUUUAAUCAAAAGCUAUGCAAAACUAAUCGAUAAUUUGAUCCGCAAUGAAUCAUCAUCCAUAUCAUCGGAACGAAAUUCAAUGGCUAUUGUUGAUGAUGUUUUAAUGGACAUGAAUUUACCGGAAAUUUCAUCAUCAUCAUCAUCUCAAAUGAUUAUUAAUACAAAUGAUAUGAUUGUGGUUCCCACACCAUUGUCAACGACCGCAGCCAAUAUAACAAUAUCGAUCGAUACAAAUUUACCUGCAACAAUGAAUGCACAUUGCUAUAAUCAACAACAACAACAACAACAGCAGCAUUCCACAAUCAACAACACGACUUUUACAAUAGCCAAUUCAAAUCAUCAUAAUCAACAGAAUUAUAUUCACACUACAUUCGCCCAGGUACCUUGUGCUAAACAAUUACUUCUUAAUAAUAAUCGUCAACAACAACAACAUGAUAAUUGUUACAUUCCUCAGCAUUAUCAACGUUCAUGUUCAUUAUUACAUGAUACAACUAAUGAUAAUAGUUCUAAUGGUAGUCAAAUGACAACAACAACAACAACUACACAUUGGAUAGAUGAUAUUAGCUUUAAAACACAAUCUUCUUUAACUGAUUUGCUUAGUUAUUUAGAACAUUAUCAUGAAGAUCGUGAAAAUAUACCGAUUUUUAUUCAAGAACAACAACAACAACCAGCACCAUCAUCAUUGAUCAAUAUUGAUUUAGAUGAAGAUAAUGAAACUGAUGAUGCAGAUGAUAAUGAUGAUGAAAUUGAUCAAGAGAAUAGACCACCAUCAUCCUUAUCAUCAACAACAACAACAAAUAUUCGAGAUCGUUCUGGCCAUAUAUCACAAUUAACUAUAGAUAUCGAUAAUGAAAUCGAUGAUAAUGAUCAUCAUCAUCAUGAUGAAGGAUUAGGUGAAGAUUUAUAUUUCUAAAACAAAACAAACAAAAAAUACAGAGAAAAAAAUCAGUAUAAAAUGAAUUCAACAAUUUUUUUCGGUUGUAAAUCGAUUUUGGCUGCCAACACAACAA